AUGGAGUUGAAACCCCAUGUGAUAAUGGUUCCCUUACCAUUCCAAGGCCAUAUUAAACCCUUCCUUUGCUUAGCACAGCUUCUCAGCCAAACCGGCCUUUACAUAACCUUCGUCAACACCCGCUAUAACCAUAAGCGCUUCUCCAAUCUCUCAGCUCUCUCCCUACAGUUCCCUAACCUCCAUUUCGAGUCUAUCUCCAAUGGCAUGCCAGACGAAGAUGACCAUCCAUGUCCCCUCACUUAUGAUUUCUACGGCUUGAAGUACCAAGCUAAAGAACAUUUGAAAGAGCUUAUCGGUACCCUUAGCCAAAGGUCAGAAAAUGCUCAGUCGCUGUCGAUCACAUGUAUCAUUGGAGAUGGAAGUGUAUCUUUUCCUGUUGAUGUGGCGGAGGAGUUGGGGAUCCCUGUGAUUUCCUUUUGUUGUCAUAGUGCUCAUUACUUGUUGGCAUAUAUUUGUAUCCCUAAACUCAUUGAAGAUGGCCAGCUUCCUUAUCAUGAAGAUAUGGUGGAUGAAGAAAAUGACAACAGCGUCAUUUCAUUCCCUGAGGUGCUUGAAAUCGGGCCAAAAGAAAGAGGGAACAAGUGGAGAAUUGGCGUUGAAUUGGAGGCGUGUGACAGGUGGACCAUACAGAGAACAAUCAAGACAUUGAUGGAGGGAAGGGAGGAGUUUCAAAGGUCAGUGGCCAAAAUUGUGAAAUGGGCUAGGGAUAGCAUUGGCAAAAAUGGAUCUUCCUACUACAAUUUAGAAAUGCUUUUUGAAGAUAUAAAAGAAAUCAAAGCAAAGAGUUGA